CAAUACACUCUUGUCAUGCGCAAACAUUUGAAAGCAUGUAGACUUCAUGUCCCAAAAAGAUCAGCCUAAAAUCAACACAAAUCACCUAUCAGAACCCAUUCUAGGGAGGGAAACUUGAAAAGAAUAGAAGUACCAAGAUUUUUCACCUCAAGUAUAAAAAAAAUUUCAAAACGUCGGAGGUUUUAGCGUCAAAAUGAAGCGUUUUUUCUCACCGAACGAGUCAUCACCUCUCAUGCCAUACUCCAGUGCAACCAUCGAAAACCUGGAAAGACCUGAUGUCGCAGACGACUCCUCCAGCCUGAUCUCUGGCACGGUAUUCGCUUCAGGGAGGUUUGCAUGGCUCGCCAGAGGAUCAUCUCUUGAGGUUAUAAGCACUCGUGAUGGCUCUAGAAAAGCGGCCUGUAGAUUUGGUUCACAUUCAGGACAUAAUAAUGAAGAUAUGGUUAUAAGCUCUGUCACUGAAUGCCAUUUAGAGGAUGGUAUAAGGCUAGCAGUAGGGUUGAAAGACUUGUCAGGGAGGAGUGGCAGUCCCGGUAUGGUUUGUGUUUUUAACCCAUGGGUGUCACGCGUGGUGAGGGCCAUAGAGAUACCCUAUGCAGUGACAGCUGUGGAAUGUGUCAGACCUGAUGGCGGUGCAGAUGCUCAACCAACACUUUUAAGUUCUGAUUUGAAGCUACUGUUUGGAAUCCUCGCCAUUGGCACAGAACAUGGACACACCUAUCUAGUUGACCUUCGUUCAGAUGAUCCUGUGGAAAUAUUUGAUGAGGAGAAUCCAAGCAUGCUUGAGUACCUUGGACCUAACACUGUGCAUCUAGCAGGUGCUAGGGACAGAGCAAGAAAUAAUGGAACACACUUGGCUAUUGAACUUGGAGGUUUGUUCCAUAAAUCGGGCAAGUUUUCAUACAUAAGUGAGGACUCCAGUGUUGUUAAAGUUUUCCCAUCAGCCAGCACAUUUGUCACCGUUAUCAAGUACAUCAAGGAAGCUACAUGCCUGGUGGUUGGCUAUAACUUUGGUUGCUUUCAUAUUUGGGAUCUUGAGACCAUGUCUCUUGUAUAUAGCAGCCAAGUUGACCAGUACAUGUCUGCUGUAGCUCACUUUGCCUACCAGGAACCAGAAAAUGACCCUCGUAACUGCACAUACCUAUGGGUUGCCCGUGGGCCUAUGAGUAUGGAGGACCAGUCUGAGAUGCCAGCGACUCUGACACUUUACCAGAUGAUCUUUAAUUCCAAACAUUUUCUGAAAGGUUUUGGUACUGUUUUUAGGGACCUUGGAGGGUGUGGCCGUAGAUUUGAGCACCAGCUUACUGCAGAUGCCCACCACCUUGCUGAUGCAACAUCAGUCGGCAGUAGAAUUAUAUGCUGCUAUACACUUUGCAAAGAAAAUUCUGUUGAUUUGUCUAAAACUGAAGAAAGCAGAGAUGAAGAAGUAUGCAAGGGAAGAGAUUUGACGCUUAUGCUUUGUGUUUGGGAGUCCCCAUCACAUGACCAAUUAGGCCAACCCACUUGUCAUCUUGGAAUUUUCGACAUCAACCGAUGGUACCACUCCCAGAUGUUACCAUCCAUAAGAGAUGCCAUGUUCGGAAGCAAGGACCCAACAUGUUCAUUUUUUGCAUUCUUCUCUCUGGCAGAAAUCCUAAACAUUGCCAGUCCUGAUAGCAUAGUGGAUGUCAAUGUUAUUGAAGGAACUCUUUCAAGGUUUUCUAGUGGAUCAGAUCCUGCUCAGGAGCAGCACUUCUGGCCAGCUGCUCUCAGAUUUGACACAUGCACAUUGAUGGAAACAGGAAUAGUCAGGUCAACAUUCUUAGGAAUACAACGGCAGAUUCUCACAGAUCUCACCAGACAGUCCUCUCUUGGACAGCUUCCUGAUGCACAUGAUUAUUUCAACAUGUGUUGGAUGGCAGGUUUGCUACCAAGAAACUUUGACCUCUCCAAACCUCAAGAAAAAUCGUUCCACCAUGAGGCAUUAUUAUCUGUAGCUUUGGAACACAAUUUGGUGACCUUUGUGACAUCUUUCAUUCACAAGCUGGGUGCAGAAAAUGUCACUGUAUCUGGUAUGAGCUUGCGAUUGGUUCUUGAUUGGGCAUGGAGCAAUGUGGUCAGCAGUAAAGAACAAUUAGAUCUCCUAUGUGUUCCAUUGUUUGAUGGUGGUGGAGGAACACCAGAUGAGCAAAUGCUUGGGAUGUUGGAGCACAUGGCUGUUAAGUUAAAGAACCUGACAGUGAUUUUCCAGGCAUUAUUAGACCAGACAGCACCUUCCACCCAACAAGGGAUCAAGGAUCUGGAAGCAAAAACUGGUGUUGUCAGCAUUUUGUCACAGUAUCUUCAAGUUCUCCUGUGUCUCAUUAGAUUUGGACUACUUCCUGAAAGCUCUGGUGAUGAAAUGUCAGGACCUCAUAGGGGGAUUAAAGGUUAUCCUGGUGCAUCUCUGAGCAAGCUUUAUACUUCUCGCCGAGCUGAACUAAAUUCAUACACAAGUGGUGUGGCCUUAGGAGGUCUUAUGAUUGACAAGUUGAUAUCAGAGCUUGCUCCUCUGUGGGUAGCACCUGAUGGCAUCUCCCAGUUUCCACCAGAAAGUCUCCAUGGUUUGUGCAGUCUGUACCUUCUCCAAGGUGUAUCAUCUGGUAUCAAGCAUGCUAUUGUAUAUUAUCUCUUGCUGGAUAUGUGCAGCUUUAACAAAGAACUUGAAAUUCGUCAGGUGGCAGAAGGGUUUGCCAAAGCUUUUUGCAUCCCACAUGGGCUUGCUCAGUUGGUGAAGGGAUUCUGGUAUCUUGAUCACAAACACUUCCAGCAAGCAGUGAGUUGUCUUGUCUUCCAUGCUGGUGGUACUGAGAUUGGUCCAUGGCAGCAUAGUUACAUUAUGAAGACACUGCUCCUCCAAGGUGAACUUGAGACAGUUUUGUAUUUCAUGAAGACUGUUCAACCAACCAUGCACACAGAAGAAGAUCGCCGUUUGCAUCUCACUGUGCGAAUAGCAAAUGGGCUUGUGGCGGAUGCUUUUAAUUUCCAGCGUGAACACCGAGAUCCUGCAGACGUGGAGCUUCUCCUGCAUUUCUUCCAUGGCUGCCAACAGACGGGUAACCUGGAGACAUUGAUGCAGCUUCCUUUCAACCCUCGUGAAGAGGAGUGUUUUGUGAGCUUCUUAAAGAAUGGUAGUUUUUCUUCCUCGCGUGAGCUGCUGGUCAUGUACUUUCUGCAACGUGGCCGUUACAUUGAAGGGAUCAGGUUAAAUGAAACACUCAAACAAGAGUUAGAGGGGGAACCUCUUGACACAGCACAAAAGGAAAGAGCCAAAGUUCGCAAUGCAAUUGUGGAUGGUUACAUGAAGUGCUUACCCAGCAUACAACGCAAGCUAAUACUCCAUGGUGACAAACCAGGCCAUCGUAUCGGGGCAAGCAGACAAGUGGCUCGUCCAAAACCCCUCUCGACCAUUGUUCACGUGACCAAUAAGAACCGACCAGUGACGCACGCCACCAUCAUUACGUCUGUUAUGGAGAAAGUUGCUGAGUCAUGGAGUCCAGGUACCCCACAAGCAAGGAAGCCGACCCCAUUUGCUUGUACACCGAUAACACCCAAGCUAAAGAGUAUUUUGAGUGACUCAAACAGGGUGGUUCUUGCCACUACAAAAAAGUCUGAUGCCCCAGAAACGAUUUACGAGGAAGGACAUAAAGUUCCUUUUGGCUCUCCUCUAUUCACCGAGAGAAAAAGAAGCCAUAUGUACUCCGGAGCAGAUGCUCUUCGACUGUUGUCGACGCCAGUAGUAAACAAGCGCGCUAGCUCCAGAGCGGACUCCAUUACUGAGCGCAUCACCGUUGCCACACCACAAUCCAUUCUAAAGGUAACCCGCGUGGUAAGGCGCGCUUCUCCCCGCCCCUCCCCCUCUGCGUCACCUCCUUUGACCAGGCGAAGCUCUGCAGAGCUUGUGCAGAACAUAGCGGACCCAGCCCAAGAGCUGGCACGUGAUGUGGAAGAUAGUAUAGCUACUCCAAGCCGACGGAUCCGGUUUGCUGUUGAAGAUACUCCGUCUCCACAGCGGGUGACUUCUGUAAGCCCACAAACCCCUAAAGUUGCGUUCGACACGGAUCAAGACAUGCGCGAUGUCUCUGCAACUCCAGAAUCGGGAGACGACUUUGUAGAUGCGACACAAACCCCUCCCGGUCCAGAGUCCAGUAGAGACAACUCCUUGAAACUUGAGUUGUCUCCAACUAGCGAGGAUGAAGAGACGGAAGUGCAAAUUACUGCAGCAGUAGUAGACCUGUCACGGUCCCAUGAUAGCGACAUGGAGGACGAGGACGUACAGGACGAGGAUUACAGCAGCCUGGAACUGGACAACAGUGAUGCGGUCGUUGACUCCGAUGACGAUGGUCCUGUAUUAAUUUCGCCAUCUCGAUCUGGAGACAUCACCACCAAGCAACAAGAACUAAGACAACUCACAGAUUCGGCCCAGCAAAGAACGCCUGUUAAAGAACCUUCUCCAAAGCCUUCGAGUACCCCAGCAACCAGAAGAAGCCCGUCUCCCUCACCUAAAACUAACCGAAGUCCAUCAUCACCAAAGACCAGACAGAGUCCUUCUCCUUUGCCAAAGACUAGAGAGAGCCCUUCUCCUUCGUCAAAGGAAAAAACAAGCCCUUUUCCCUCUCCAAAGGGUAGAAAUAGUCCGUCUCCAUCGCCCAAGACAAGAAGUAGUCCUCCACCUUCGCCCAGGAAGAGUCCCUCGACGUCUCCUCAAAACACCACAAAUAUUGGUCCUCAUUCACUAAGGUCAUCCGACAAAGAUGCAAAUACCCCGCCACGUGGAACCUCAUCACCACAGAAGUCCAAAACUCCGGAAACCAGUUCCACCGACUCAUACCUCUUCGCUCCCCCUGUGGUUUUUAAGACAACACCAGCACGACAACAGGGCUUCCUAGAAACUCUGGUUGAGGGAACGCCUUCAGGCCCUGAAUCGCGCACCACAUCAGAGGAACAAUCCCCAUCCUUUCUCUUCUCGCCCCCUUUGACGAGGUCUAUGAAGAAGAGACGCUCAAUUGACCAAUUAAGACCAAGAGACUCGCUAGGGCGCACCGUCACUCCUCACCAGUCCCCAUCGGAUAGCCCUAUAUCAUUUGUGACGCCUGGUCCGUCUGUCUCACCCAGAUCACGAAGGCGUAGCGAGCCUCACAAGGGAAUGAAACGUAACCAGCCGGUGCAUCAAAUGACGCUACGCUCCCGGUCCGGACCCCACAGGACCGCUCGGUCUGCGAGACUUCCUGCCAAACCGCAUUAGUUUUAUAUAGUACGAUUAGGCUUUGACGCAGCACUAUGGAAUGCUUGAUACGGAAGAUUGUCUUACUAAGGGUACACGCGGUUCUUGUUAUGUGCCGUUUUCAGGUUCUCUUACUCAUUCAAGGCACAUAAAUGCCUUGCGCGAUGCGUUCUUUAAAUGCGUUCUCAAAUGGGCACACGAGACUGGUUGUGGUAAUCGGCCAGGCCGUUCCUCUGAGCUACGUAUAAUCCGCCUAGUUAGGUAUAAAAUACUUUGGGUGAUGAUUUCAUGUGCCUGUUGGUAUUCAACAAUGCGCCAUACAACUGAUGUCAGAUAUGAUAUGCAAAUGUAAUUCGGGUAUGUUUGAUAAUUAAUAAAAUAAUGAAUGAUU